AUGCGUUCACCCGCUUCAACUCUUGUUGCUAUAGGAGCGUGUUUGCUGGAUUUAACUAACGCCACUGGCAAUGGCCAGAGAAAGACUUGUGUCGUUCAAGGUGGAGGAACUAAUGCGACAGAUGAUGCCCCACAAAUAUUGCAUGCCUUCAAAACGUGUGGACAGCAUGGCACCGUCAUUUUUGAACCUAAGGACUACUACGUCAACUCGGUUAUGAACGUUUCCUGGCUUAAAGAUGUUGAUAUUGAUAUUCAUGGGAGACUCGUGUGGAGCACAGACAUUGUGUACUGGUUGAACAACUCGAUGGACGUUGGAUAUCAGAACCAGUCUACAGCUUUCAUCAUUGGAGGUGAUGACGUUCGUAUCAACGCCUUUGACGUGGGAACCUUUGACGGCAACGGCGAUUACUGGUACCAAUGGAUCAGAGAGCAGCCAAAUACCUCCAAUUAUCCAGGCCGUCCACAUGCUGUGACAUUCAGCCAUCUGACAAACUCUGUUAUUCGAGGGCUGAGAUUUUUGAGAAGCCAGAUGUGGACCAUGUCAAUAAUCUACUCUCAAGAUGUGCUACUCGACAGCAUUUUUGUCAAUAACACAGGGAACAUUGCUCAAAGCUCGAACACCGAUGGUGCCGACACUAUUCGAUCAUCUCAUAUCACUUUCAAUAAUUGGACUGUCUACAACGGCGACGACAGUAUCGCGCUCAAAGCAAAUAGUACUGAUAUAAAAAUCACAAAUAGCAAGUUCUUUAAUGGACUAGGCAUUGCCAUUGGCAGCAUCGGGCAGUAUAAGGAUCAAUUCGAAACGGUCGAGAGAGUAACGGUCGAUAACAUCAACUACGACAACACACUACAUGCUUUCUACGUGAAAACAUGGACAGCCGAUCAAAAUGGAUACCCACCUAACGGAGGAGGUGGAGGACUGGGAUAUCUAUCCGAUGUGAAGGUCCGGAAUCUGAAUGCAACUGGACUUCGAGGGGCCGCCUUUUCGAUAUCACAAUGCACGCGUUUCUCCGGUGCACCAGGUGUGGGUAACUGCACGAACUCUGAAUUCCAGAUUAAGAAUGUGGAGAUCGACCGGCUUUUUGGCACCAGUGAAUCGACACAAGUGACCAGUCUACAGUGCAGUGCAGUUGCACCGUGCACUAACAUUACUGUUCUUGAAGCAAACCUGCAACUCGACAAUGGAACCCAAGCCGAGCAGUAUCUUUGUGGAAAUGUUGUCAAUCCAAUCGGCUUUGAAUGCACCGGGGCUGCCUGUGUAGGCUCGAGCGCAACCGGGGGUUGUUAG